UUAAUGACCCAAUUAACGACCUAGUUAACGACCCAGUUAAUGACCUAGUUAACGACCCAGUUAAUGACCCAGUUAAUGAUCCAGUUAACGACCCAGUUAACAACCCAGUUAAUGACCCAGUUAACAAUUCAGUUAACGACCCAGUUAACGACCCUUUUAAUAACCCAGUUAACGACCCUUUUAACAACCCAGUUAACGACCCUUUUAACAACCCAGUUAACAACCCAGUUAACAACCCAGUUAACGUACCUGUUAAUGUACCU